AUGACUGAUGAGCUGAAGGAGGACAUCGAGCAACUGAAGAAGUACAGACAAGAAACCGAGCAAAAGUUGGCCGACCAACGUAAAUUCGAGGUCCUUGACCGCUUUUGCAGAGGUAUCCUGCAGGAGAAAAUCAGCGAUCUAAAAGAUCUACUAUACAUUCUAUCAGUUGAGCUAGAUGGCUCACCACUUGCAUACGCUCCUAUUGGGUUCGUGUUCGUUACCUACUAUCUUCACCAUGAACGUAACGCGCUACCGGAGUUCUUCUGUCAGUUUCCCCCUCAUCUUCAUCUGAAGAAUAUUGCUACCCUGAAGUGUGUCCCGCCCACUUCUGAAUUGACCUUGAGAACCCUCAGCAGCAUCAUGAACGGUCCCUAUGGCGAUAGCGUUCAACUCCUAAUCCACCUAUGGGUGAUUCGUGCAGAUUUGUCCAGAAAACAAAACUUCGUAGCAUGUCCGGUCCCCAAUCUCACUUUUGCCUCGGAGACUCUUCAAGCUCUUAUCCAUGACCCAGACCAACAAGCCUUGGUAGAACAGAUUCUACCUUCUCUGGUAGAUGAAGAAGACAUCAACUAUGAGAUCAAGUACUUUCUGCCUUCCUGGUGAUGCCAAUCGACAUUGGACAAGAUGCGAGACCGUCGUCUAGGUCCUUGUGUAAUGUCCUCGUAUGACUACAAUUAAUGGUAUUUCGUAAUGUAUGUGUCGUCGCACAGACAUACAAAGUGUGUUCCCUCUUUCUGCGAGAUGCACAGAUUCAGCUACCAUGGCUGCACUGUUUUCCGUGCUCCUGAACACCACAGCACGUAAACGCCAUGUUCCGUUCUAGACCUAUGCAUCCACGUAUCGGUGGAGACCACCAGGUCCAACAGGCGGUCCGAACGAAAGUAUUUUAUUGCAUUCUGGAUGCAUAUGCCUGUAAAAUCGUGAAUAGGCAUCAGGCCCCGCAUAUAUAGUUGAGUACUAGCCGAGAAGAGCUUAGCAGC